CUUGCGACUUAUUAUUAAACUGCAGCUAAUGUUACAUGGGCGGCUGGUUGCUGUGACACUAAGGGGACGCCGAACACACCUUUCCCCGGUGCUUUCGCAGGUUACACUGGAGCUGAAGUUUCGUGACAAUCAACAUGAUUCUUGAGCUGCCUUAGGAACCUUAGCUGUUUUCUGAAUUCAGCUGCGAAGAAUGAGCGGGGCUCAGUUUUCGAUGUCGGGCGAGGAGUAUUUGGCCCGACAUCAUGUCAUCACGUACCUGGAGGACGCUGUCAGUCAGCUGUUGGAACACAAGGAGGAAAACCCACGAGUCAACCCUGCCAAGUUCUUAAGCGACUAUUUCACCAGUGUUCACCGCGGGAACCACACCCUGUUCCGUGAGUACGAGUACAUCAAGGCCACGCCCCACAACAGAACCGCCUUCAUUCGCAUCUUCUGGAAGUGCUUCCGUCAGGUCGGCAAGAGUGGAGACCUGUUGAAUGCGAAGGAGUACCAGUCCCUGCUGUGCCUGCUGUGUCCUGACUUCCCAUUGGAGCUGGUACAGAAAACAGCCAGAAUAGUGCUGAUGGACGAUGCCAUGGAUUGCCUCAUGUCCUUCACUGAUUUCCUGUUUGCCUUUCAACUACAGUUUUACUAUGAUGAGUUUUUGUACACGGCGUCUGAGAUCUACACUAACAUCAUGUCUGCCACCCGCGGCAGCCGAGACGCCGUCGUGGUUCCCUCGGUUUCCCGCACCAAGGGGAAGCCCCCGCAGCUGUCGGACGGGCCAGACAGCGUGGAGUCAACGCAGUUCUUUGAAGCCGUGAAGAUGCUGUGUGAAACAUUCCAGUUUAGCCACCCCCCAGUAGACAUUCUUCGCGGGAUCUUGAUGUCUGCUCCCAGAGUAUCGUUUUACGGCUUCCUGAUGGCGCUGGCAAAACACGAGGGCAUCAAUUCAGCUGUUGGAAUUUUGCCACCAAAAGCACAAAUUCUGGAUGACACAGACCCUGACAUACAGAUUUCUAGUGCCAGGACCCCCAGACCCGUGUCUGCUGCUUCCAAGCCUGCCAGCUGAGGGACUGUUACCUGCUCACCCCUACUGUGGAAUGGUGUCCUCCAACUGGUUUCUAAAUGUGGAUUGAGCCAGGGAACGUGUAUAUAUGGAGACUUCAUUCUAUGUUUUGUUGCUGGACUUCAGGGAAUGAAAAAUACAUGAGUUCUCCAAACGUUAUUUUUAUUCCAUGAAUGUACAUAUACAUGUUUAUUAUAAAGCCUUAAAUGAAUGACAAAUGCACUGUUGUUUGUAAGCACCUGUGUGUAAUGUUCAUGUUGUGUUCUUGUCCAUUGUUGUUUGUAUUUACCUACCUGUAUGAAUUAUUAUCAUGUAUCUACUCAAUAAAAGUUGAAAUGCAUGAUGUCCACCAUAAGUUAUUGUAUAACAGGUGGAAAUAUUGAAUGUUCUAAAUUUUUUUGGAACUUUGGGCAUUAUAAAUGGUGAUGACUUUCAAUGUAAGCAGAU